GCUAUACUCAGCACGUAUUUGACAUGGAGUUCCCUAUUACCAUUGCAAUAUUUUAAUAUCGUGCAUUUAUUUACCAUUGAGCCGACCUGCAAUGAAACCAGACAGUGUAGGAUGUGUCGCAUGGAUGUUGCGGUGUGAAUGCAGCGGUUGGGUGAAAUACUAAUGGCAUGCACGUGUGCUUCCGCAGAUAUGGGAAUCUGAAAUAAUACGGGAUAUACCAGAAAACGAUUUGAGAAAAGAUUUGGGGUUAAAUCGAAAACCGCUUCUAUAAGAGUUGUACUUGAAGUUACCGAGGAUGGCAUUCAUGUCCAGAUUGUCCCGGUCCAGAAGUAACUCCAGGUCCCCCAGCAGAAGAGGUUCGGAUAAGGGAUAUCCCAUGCUAACAAUUUCUGAACUUGAACGUCUGCUGUGCACUGGAAAAACUGCCUGUAAUCAUGCAGACGAAGUGUGGCCAAGACUUUACAUAGGCGACCAAGACAUUGCCUCAAACCGUAAAGAACUUGUAAAGCUCGGGAUCACACACAUCCUUAACUGUGCCGCGAGUAAAUGGAGACGGGGGGCAGAGUAUUACUCGGGCAUGAACAUCACAUAUCACGGCAUUGAAGCCCACGACUCGCCCGCCUUUGACAUGAGUGUUAACUUCUACCCCGCGUCUGAGUUCAUUCACAGAGCUCUUAGCACUGGAGGAACUGUACUUGUACACUGUGCUGUUGGAGUAAGUCGAUCUGCCACGUUGGUGUUGGCCUACCUCAUGAUUCGCCAGAACAUGACAUUAGUGGAGGCUAUUAAAACAGUAAAGGAUCACCGUGGCGUCACUCCGAACCGCGGUUUUCUCCGCCAGCUCAGUGCUCUGGACAGCGUACUGCACGCCAGCCGCAAUGCAACAUAAAGCCGCCGGUAGCUUUUGAACUUCUUUCCGACCUUCCUGGCCCAGGCAUUGACCUACAGUCAUGUAUGUUGUAUGGCAGCGGAGUUUAUAACUGUCCUCCUGUGGUCAGUAGAAAUGCCUUAUUACAUCAGGACCUUUAGAAAUCUGCAUAAUGCCUUAUUCACUGUAAACAUUUGUUUGUGUGGCCACUUCACUGAAAUCUUCCAGUGGUUUUUUUAACGUUUUCGUUCAAGCUGAUGUCUCAAAUGAUGAGGCUUUUAUAAAAUAUUCGAUUUUUCUGUUCUGUGGACUGGGUAAAAAACAUUUAUGCUUUGACAUUGAAGGACAGACCCGAGCCAUAUCUACUCUGGAAAAAGUGUGGCGGUACCCUUUAAAAAAGUACAUCAUUGUACCUAUAGAGUAUUACACUGUAAAAAUUUGUUUUCACUUACAUUUUUAAGUAUAAUCAACUUGGAUUUAAAAGUCAUUGCUAUUUUUUAUAUCUUAAAUAGUGAUCAGUGGCUUUAAAUUGAAUUAGCUUAACGUAUUUCAACUUUAUUUUAUAAGUUACAGCAACUGAUCACUAAAAAAUGUAAUUUAAAAUUACUUGUAAAUAAAGUUGCUUAUACUUAAAAAUGUAAGAUGUUUUACAGUACCUUAAAGGUAAAUAUUUGUACCAAAUGUAGACAUAUCUGUACCUAAAUUGUACAUAUUAGGACCUUUUAAAGGGUACCGUCCCAGUGACAGCUUUCAUACCUUAUUUCUGGGAGUGUAGAGAUCAAAAUAUCACACACCUUUCAUUUUUUAUAUUUUAAAAACUAAGAGGUCUUCCUUUCUUAAAUUAGUGCAGUGUUAUUGUGAUGACAUCAUGAUUAUGUAUCAAGUGUUUGUUAAUGGAUAUCAUGUAGCUGUUCACAUCAUCACACUAAACUAAACUAACCCAGACAGUAUGAUGUGAUCGAGAUGAUCAGUUAAUGUUUUCCCCGUGAUAUCAAACAUUAUUUGUGCGGUCAGUUUCGUCAGCUCAUUCUUUUUUGUUUGAAUUAUCGUGUGUGCUAUAUGUUGUCUGUAUUAUUAACACUUUCAAAGCUUUAAAGUGAAGUAUUCAACAUAUCUAAAUGUAUACACACUGUCUAUGGUAUUGAAUUAUAUGGUAGCUACACAAAUUUCAGCCUUCUUGUAUUAACAGAUCCAGCAAUCCUCGAGUGCAGUACACUUAAACUGUAGCUAAAUGAAUUCCAGUGAUGUAUUAUUAUCGUCUUUCUGUACAUUCGUAUUGGGGAAAGCUGUUUAUUGUAUUUAUUUGUCACAAUGUAUCACCACACUGUAUAUAUAAUCAUUCUGCAACAGCUUGGACUUCAGCUAACAACUGCCAGGACCCAAUCCACAAUAUGUGGAUCAGAACUACACACCAGUUUGUGUCUUUAAAAAGUGACACUUUAGUAGCUUAGAAAUGAGGUCUACAAGAUCAGAUGUGUAAAAACUGGUGAAACCAAACUGAAGGAAACCCUUAGUGAAAAAAAAGGUUGAGUUUUUGGUGGGAAAGAGCAGUUGGACAGAUGAUGAUGAUGAUGAUGAUGAUAAAAUGUGCAGUUUGAAAAAUAAACAACUUUGACAUUUACUUUAAGCCUGAAAAGCAGCUAAACAUGUAUCAGUGAUUUAAUCAAAGACAAAUGUAGCUUACAAUACUGUAUGUGGUCCAAAUACCACU